GGCGAUGGUGGACAGUGGGACGGAAAUGAACCCCAUAAAAUAGGAGCAUGCUUUGCGCCUAGGGAUGGAGAUAAACCGCUUUGACAAUGGGGUCUUGAUGGGGGUGAAUAGUCGAUCAGUGUUCAUAGGGACCGCCUCAUCGGUGGUCCUGGAGAUAGGGAAAGUGAAAGUGAGAAGUUGUUUUUUCGUGAUGCCUGAUCUUGACCACCCUAUUCUACUUGGUAGGUCAUUCCUAAGUCGAACGGAGACGGUCAUACUCAACAAGCAUGACGGGACUAUGUUCCUCGUCCUGUGCGAUCCAGUAUGCGGAAAUUAUGAAGUCAUCACGUGCAAGAACACAGGACCUAGAAGUGUAAGGAACCGGCCCAACCCUGGGUCCUUCACGAUUGAAGAAUCAGAAGAGGAGAGGUUGAGAUUGGAAGGUAGCAGGAUUGAAGAGGAAAGAGGGCCAGAGGCACUAACCCUUAGCCUAGCGAAUAUAGGUGAACAUAGUGUCGACCUAUGGGAUGGCGGAUCCAGAGGUUGUGGAGGCCUUGAGAGAAAAGGUGGUGGAACAAAUGGGAGCAGGAGAGAUGGAGUUAAUAUACCGGACACCAGGAAGGAUAGGUGGAGCGAUUGGAGCACAACCCCAAAGCGCAACUCGACCUUUUUUAGGGGUGGGCUCAAGCAGGGGGCACAAAGGCGGUACAAAAGGGUAGAUCAGAAGUGUCGCCCUGUUCCCGUACUCGUUGCAGAAGAGCAGGAAGUUUAUUACAAGCGGGAACGAGAGUUGAUACGGCAGAUGCGGAAAAAUGCAAAAAAUGGGUCAUGCCGUAACACUCUUGAGACACAGAAAUCCCUGAUUAUAGGGGAGCCUGGCUUCCUUACAGCACAAGAGGAGAAGCUUAUGGUGGAAACCAUAAGAGGAAGGCAUGCUGCGUAUGCCUUCAGUGAUGAUGAGAGAGGUCGCCUGGACGUGGAUAUAAUCCCGAUGAUUAGGAUACAUAUCGUGCCUCACGAGCCAUGGAACUUGCGAGGUGCGCGGUAUCCUAAUCCAGCUGAUGAAGAGAAGGUAGUUAAAUACCUUGACGAAAAAAUCCGCACCCAUGUAGUAGACUACUCGAGUGGACUGUAUACAUCCCCCUGGUUUUGUUUUGUCAAGCCCAAUGGGACGUUAAGGUGGGUACAGGAUUUGCAGAGCCUGAACGCUGUGACAGUGAGGGAUGCAGGUGGUCUCCUCAACGCUGAUGCGCUUUUAGAGGCCUGCGCUGGGAGAACCAUAAUAUCUCUCAUAGACUUGUAUUCAGGUUACGACCAAUUCUCUGUAUACCCAUCUGACCGGCCAAUGACGACUAUGCAUACUCCUCGAGUGUUGAUCCACAUGAACGUUGCACCGCAAGGGUGGACGAAUGCGGUUGCCAUGGUCCAGAGGUAUAUGGUGAGGGCGAUGCACCUCAUAAGUCCUCACAUUACGCAGCCCUAUAUUUAUGAUCUGGCCGUGAAGGGGCCUAAAGAGAAGGAUGAGCAGGAGGUGAUGCCAGGAAUCAGACGCUUUGUCUGGGACCAUGUGCAAAACUUGUGCAAGGUCCUGGACCUUUUGAAGGAGCAUAACCUCACUGUCAGUGGGCCAAAGUCGAGGCACUGCAUGAGCGGGGCCACUAUCUUAGGAUUUGUGUGCGACGAGAGGGGUCGUCGGCCAGUGAAAACGGACGCAGGGCCAACUGCUUUAGGGGGAGUGUUGAUUGAGCGAGAUCCCAAUGGAGAAGAACGACCACUAAGUGAGGAGAAUGUGAGACUUCACAUCAACUCCUGGUCGUUGGCCGUUGGUAACUAUGUUACUCCUGGGCGACCUGUGUGGCUUGCGCCACCACGACAUGCACGGCGACCAGACCUAGUCCUUAAGCCCUAUCUCGAAGAGGACUCUUGGGGAAUGUCAGGCGUGGAUUGGAUGAUGAAGCUGGCCUUGGUAGGCAAGGACCAACUGCAUGAGGACUCGCUCACAAUUGAGGAUGGGGCGUUGCAGGACCUCGAGACCAAUCGGACGUUUGAGGAGUUGUUUGACUUAAGGGCACGCCAGAUUGGCGCUAUAGAGGACAUAAUUGAGGGAGCAGCAAGUAGGGUGGCGGCCAACCGUAGCAAGGACAAGUACAGGUGGGAUAAGAUAGCAAGGGUAAGGAAGGAACCCCUCCAGGUGGGAAACGUUGUGCUACUGUACGACUCAUCCAUGGAGAAGCAGUGGUCACGGAAGCUGGACAAGAGGUGGUUGGGACCGUACAGGGUCACUAGGUGUGGUGAGCAUGGAGCCUACCAAAUCGAGGAGUUGAAUGGGAUGGCAUGGAAGGACUGGGUGUCUGGCUCGAGGCUGAAGAACUUUGUGGCUCGAGACGAGAUAGCUGGGAUAGUUGUGGGAGGGCUAUGUCUGUCUCCGGUUGUGUAUAUAGAGCCAGACAUACCUCAAGAGCCACAUGUGCAAGAGCAAAGGGAGGAGCAGUCUGCCCAGGAGAAGGAACUGGAUAGGAGAGAGAGAGCGGCAACGGAUCAGGAGAUCAAGGUUCAGCUCAGGAUGAAGAACCUUUCAGAGCUGCAUGAGAAGAGGCAGCAGGGAAAAAAGCCUGAGGAGGAGGGUGGUAAGAGCAGAAAGGGCACUCACACUCAGGAGGAGGACCUUCCCCUAUUUUCAAAGGUCUGGGUCAGCUUUUACAAGCUGUUGGACGCUGCAGGGAGGUUUGGCGGGCAUCAUCAGGAGAUGGGGGUCAAGUUGGUCUCUACACACCUACUCAACCUAAGGGGCAUGAUGAAGGAAGGCUUCGUAGAAGCCAGAGCUUCGGAUCAGAAGGUUGGAGACAGAUUGAGGAAAGUGGGACAAAAGGUGAUGCGAGCAGGUGACAGAGCAGUCUGCCCCACUUCCCCAGAGGUCCCACUACAGGAGCUCACGAGCAAGAUCUCAACAGUCUCGUCAUCAAUACCUUCACGAGAAGGAGACAAGACGUCCCAGAAGAAGAUUGGCAAAUGCUUCUACUGUAAGAAGGACAAGCAUCGAUCUGACGACUGCCCCAAGAGCCUCAAGGACGAGGCAAAUGGGUUGGUUAUCAGAGAGUCAUCUGGAGUGUGGAAAGACAGGAAUGGAGUCCUAGUUCCUAAAACUCGUGAUGGGGUGAGGGCGCAGUUGUAUAGGCAGCUGCAAGAGGUCAUGAGUGAUCAGGAGUAGAAUUUUCUAAUAAAGUCCGAAAAUGCGA